AUGUACUACUGUCGACUCCAAGGGGCCCUACUCCUGCUGCAGCUGCUUUCGCUUUCUGCUCCAGAUGAGGUGGACGCGCGAGAAGAAUAUGCGGCGUCAACAGAUGCAACCCUGAUCCACCGAGGGGCGUUUACCGAGCAGCUCAACCUCGUUGGCGCAGAUGCGAGUGUGGAGCAACUCGCGCUCACGGAUGAUGAUGUGCAGUUCUUGGGCAUCACGGUUGAUGAAAGUAGCGGAGACGUCUAUUUUGCCACCAGCAACUCAGCGAUACAACGGGCACACUAUGACCCGGCCAAGUCACCGUCGUGGGACGUUACAACCGUCGUCGGCGGGCACGUGGAGGUUCGCGUCGAGGGAUACAACCUCGGCACCAGCGUCGACGACGUUGCCUCUUUCUCCGUCAAGGGAGUGGAAUGCCCGACCAGGAGAAGGGAGUCGAGCAACACCCUGGUCUGUGUGCUCGGAGAUCCGGCGGUUACAAGCGUGCUCGGGGAGAAUGUCGGGACCGAAGACAUCGUCGUGCAAACCGCCUCCGGGGGGUGGACGCAGGGUGGCUACCCUGGCGAUUUCGUCGACGCAAAACUAGCUGACCACUCGCUCAAGCCCAUCAUCACACGCGUCGAGACGACCGGCCGUACCAUCUCGCCUCGUGCGCUGUGUUUCGACUCCGCGGGAGGAACCCUGUACUAUAGCGACCUCGCCACCCGCUCCCUUAACAGGAUAAGUCUCCUCGACGACAGCGGUGACGGCGGGUCGACACUAACGGCCAAGGUGGAAUUCGACGCCUUCUUGCCAGACGUUGGUCUCGUGCAGGGCAUGGCCAUCGACGUAAGCGAGGGCCAAAACGGCGGGUUCGUGUACUUCUCGGAUGCACAGGGUGGGACCGUCUCAAGGGUAGAGCUCCCUGCCGACGGGACCCGGCCAGAGGCACCCGGGGCACGGCAGGUCCUAGUCUCCGGAUUAAUCGACCCGAUGGGCAUUGCUCUCGAGCCAGACGGCGGCGGAAGGCGCUUGUUCUACGCGCUGCGGGGGGGGCGCAUUUGCGCGGUCUCGCGAGACGGUUCUAUCAGCACUUCUGUCCCACCGACGGCGGUGUUAUUGGAAGGCGGCGGCUACGAGGUUCGUCGGUUCGAUUCGGGAACGCGUCUUGAUGGCAUCGCGAUCUCGGCUUCUGAGGGCGGGAUAAGCGAUCCGACCGAGAUAAGGCUAUACUGGGCGGAGUCGGGUCGCACCCCCGGCAUAAAGAGGUCGACCUUAGAUGGCACGCGGCCGGAAGACGUGUCUGUCGAAGACGAUGGAACGGAUGCGAAGGCUCAGCUAGUUUGGCCCCGCGGGCUGGCGUUUGGUGCCGGGGCUUCGACCGGGUUGUUGUUUGGCGAAUAUCUUGGCAGUGUACGCCUGCUGCCGCUUCCACCAGCGGGUGGGAGCGUUGAGACAAUAGCGGAGGCGGACUCUUAUCCUGCGGCAGUGGCGAUCCACGCAUUGGUUGCAGCAGCCGGUAGGGAAGGGGCUGAGGAAAGGUUUUUCACGCACAGCGUUCGUUGA